GGCCGUGGCCGCAUCCAGCGUCGCCCCGCGAUUCGACGGACCUGUUUCGUAUUCGUAGCCGUCGGUGGAAUUGGAACAAGAGUUGUUUAUGUGCUUAUGGUAGGAAGUAAUCCGUUAUCUGCUGGGGAAAAAACAAUUAGUGCUUCAACCCUGUGUAUAUUUUUUCUUAUUAUAUCUUUAUCUCCGAUUUUCUCAUCGUGGUGCAUUAUUUAAGAAAAGAUCGCGUCUAUAUCCUAUAGCACAGGAUUGAAAUAUGCCGGAGGAACAGAAGUCCGCUGGUAGUCAACCAGAGGUAACGGCAGAAAAUGGGACUGGAACAAACUCGCCGACCAAAAGUCCAGUGAGCAAAGGCAAAACAGCUCUUGCAAGAAUCACUUUGCUAGAUGGAACCGUGAAAGACUUUCACAUAGAUAGGAAGGCGAAAGGCCAAGAAUUACUUGACAUGAUAUGUCAGAGUAUGAAUUUGAUGGAGAAGGAUUAUUUUGGCCUUAUUUACGAGGACAGACACGAUUUGCGAAAUUGGUUAGAUCUGGAUAAAAGAAUCGCAAAAUUUGUGAAAAACGAACCGUGGAAAUUUAAUUUUGAGGUGAAAUUUUAUCCUCCGGAUCCAGCCCAAUUACAAGAAGACAUAACUCGUUAUCAGCUAUGCCUUCAAAUCAGAAACGAUAUUAUCACAGGCCGAUUGCCGUGUUCGUUUGUAACUCAUGCUCUUCUAGGUUCAUAUUUAGUUCAGUCAGAAGUCGGAGAUUACGACCCAGAUGAGCAUGGCCGUACAUAUUUAAAGGAUUUCAAAUUUGCCCCUAAUCAAACUCCAGAGUUAGUGGAGAAAGUAAUGGACCUUCAUAAAACGCAUAAAGGUCAAACACCCGCGGAAGCAGAACUCCAUUAUCUCGAAAAUGCAAAAAAAUUAGCGAUGUAUGGAGUUGAUCUUCAUCCUGCUAAAGAUUCUGAGGGCGUGGAUAUAAUGUUAGGUGUAUGUUCAUCGGGUCUUCUCGUUUAUAGGGAUCGAUUAAGAAUCAAUAGGUUUGCUUGGCCAAAGAUACUAAAAAUCUCGUACAAAAGGCAUAACUUUUACAUAAAGAUUAGGCCGGGUGAAUUUGAGCAAUUUGAAUCGACCAUUGGCUUCAAGUUAGCUAACCAUAGAGCUGCGAAAAAGUUAUGGAAAGUAUGUGUAGAACACCAUACUUUCUUCAGGCUCAUGAGUCCUGAGCCUGUAAAGAAAGUCGGUUUGAUACCACAUCUGGGUUCUCGCUUCCGAUAUUCAGGAAGAACUCACUACGAGACAAAGAAGACUCCCAUUGAUAGGCAACCUCCACAAUUCGAAAGAUCUUUAAGUGGUCGUCGUCCUACAUCUCGUAGUAUGGAUGCGUUAGGGGGUCCUAAACAAGUUGAAUCUUAUGGUUCAGAACCAAGUAAGAGGCAUACAAUGAGCUAUGAACCUGAAAUGAUUCCUGACAUGGAGCAUAUAGAUCAACGGCCUAGCCCAAUAAAAAAACAGAAAGAAAAGCUCUCACGCAAAACAAGUGCUGGAACAACAUCAGCUAGCAGUACCAGUAGUCUGGAAGGAGAAUAUGAUGCAGAUCGUGGCAAAAAGAAACCGGUCGGAGGAAUUGCGGUCCUACCGCCCGGUGGUCUAUUUAAGAAGAAGAAGGAUAAGAAAAACGAAAGCGAAAAGGAAAAUCAUAAUGAUCUCAACAAUUCUGAUUUAAUAAAUGAAAGUGCUAUUAUUGAUAACAACGACGUGAAGUCACCCAAUAAAAAAGAAUCGAAAAAGAAAGAUAAGGAAACGCUAGAAAAAAGUGACAAGAACGAAAUAAAGUCACCUAGUAAAAAAGAAUUGAAAAAGAAAGAAAAGGAAACACCAGAAAGAAGCGCUUUUAUUGAUGAAUUAAAGUCACUCACUAAGAGAGAUUUAAAAAAGAAAGAUAAGGAAAUGUUGGAAAAAAGUGCUACUCUUGACAACAACGAAAUAAAGCCACUCGGUAAAAAGGAAUUGAAAAAAAAAGAAAAGGAAAUGUUAGAAAAAAAAGACAAGGAAAUGCCAGAAAAGAAAGACAAGGAAAUUUCAGAAAAGAAAGACAAGGAAAUGUCAGAAAAGAAAGACAAGGAUAUGUCUGAAAAGAAAGAUAAGGAACUGUCAGAAAAGAAAGACAAGGAUAUGUCUGAAAAGACAGACAGUGAAACACCAGAAAAGAAAAGCAAGGAAAUGUCAGAAAAGAAAGGCAAGGAAACGCCAGAAAAAAGAGAUAAGGAAAUGCUAGAAAAAAAAGAUAAGGAAUCGUUAGAAAAGAAAGACAAGGAAACGUCAGAAAAGAAAGAUAAAGAAAAGAAAGACAAAAUAAAGGAUAUACGGGAUGUAAUAAAACCAUUUUCUUCAAAAACGAAGAAAAUUUUAACUUCAAGCACUACCCCAACAAUAGUGAAAACCACAACUAAACAAUCUGUAGUGAAGGAUCAAGAAGGUGUGACACAAAACAUAGAAGAAAAAGUAGAAGAUCUUACACCUGGAGGCACAGGCCAAGUAACUGUUUCUACACAAAUUAAUAAGGCAGAGACAUCAGAUGAUGGUAGGGCCCCAUACAUGACAGCAACUGCUGUUACUACACGCACUGCUACAAUGCAUGAAGAUCUUGAAAAAAAUCAGAAAACCAGUCAGGUAGAGGAAAAAACUGUAGCACAUACAACAGCAACCAGUGCAACAAGACAAGAACAGAGAGUAGUAACUCAAGAAGUUCGAACAACAAGUCAUGUACUUUCUGGUGAACAGCUGUUCUCACGAAGGCUCAGUACAUCCAGUUCAAGCAGUGAUGAUUCAGGUACUCCAAUUGACCUUGAAGAUGAUCAACAGGCUUUCUACAACCAAUAUUAUCAGGGUGAUCCAGCUGGUGUUGUUGAAACAGAAACGCAUGUUUACAAAGGAGAGCCAGAAAAUAACGUAACAACAACUACUACAGUUCCACUAGUAGCAACUGAAACUAGAAAGGUAGCUGUUGAAAGUGAAGAUGGUAUGUACAGUGCAACUGGGGAAAUAGUUAGUUCUCAGACAAUAUCCAGUAAAACUCGCACUGUUGAAACGAUAACGUAUAAAACUGAAAGAGAUGGAGUUGUAGAAACUCGUGUAGAACAAAAAAUUACGAUACAAUCAGAUGGCGAUCCGAUUGAUCAUGAUCGAGCUUUGGCAGAAGCAAUUCAAGAGGCAACGGCAAUGAAUCCUGAUAUGACAGUAGAAAAGAUAGAAAUUCAACAGCAAACAGCGCAGUAACUUGUAAUGCAUCAAAAAUCACCUUUGUAAGAAGGGCACUCUUUGUCUAAAAGAUGUAAUGCUCGUAAUUUUAAAAAAGAUAAAAUAAAAAAUUAAAUUGAUAUAUAUAUAUAUUAUGUAUAUCUUGGAUAUACAAUGAAUGGCAAUUGAUUUGACUCAGUUUUUGCUAUUGGCAACAUUCAAUUAACCAUUUUAUCAUAUAAAAGGCUAAUUAAAGCAACAUUUAUCAUUUAACAUAUAAGAAACAUUUCUUAUAACAAAUGUUGUUCAAUGCUACGAGCUUCAACUUGAUUAAAAAUCAAGUUCUUACAAAAAGAUGUCACGGUACAUUGUACCAUAAAUGGCAGUGUUCAUAUUCAAAGUAUGUAUUAUUUACAUACUCAAAAACAUAAAUAUAUAUUAAACAUAUUAUGUAUACAUAGCUAUAUAUAUAUGUAAACAAAAGCUAAUUUGUUUAUAACUAUAAAAAUAUGACAGAGUGCCCACAAACUUACAUCACUGCUUCACAGCGAACAAAAUCAUGAUAUUCACGCGAUGUCUCAUGUAAUAAGCAUAUUAAGCUAUUCAUAUAAAGUUCGUUUAAAUAAUGUUCAAAUCUUGUUCAACAAUAUUAGAUAUAUUCAAAAGCUUAAUUUUUUAAAAUCUUUUGCAGAUUUUCUGUUGUAAUUUAAAUUUCUAAUUUUAAGACUUCGUCUAUGAGCCUAAUAUAAUAAAAAACAUAAUAAUUAAAAACACCUUAAAAAACAUUUUGACAAGUCAAGCAUAUGUAACUGUAAUAUGCGUUUACGUUAAUAUGCGUUUAAACUAUAUGAACAUUAUAAUAUAUAUAUAUAUAAGUCACUUGGAGAAGAAUAUAUAGAAAGUAACAGUGGAAGACUUAUAAUAUCUAAGUAAGAGACAUACAAAAUUUUUUUAUAAGGCUUCGUAUGAUUUAAAUGUAGCUUUUUUGCAAUAAUUUUUUGUAUAUGUUAAUUAUUUGUGACAUAUUUUUUUCAAAGUGAAUAUUACAUAAUGUUUACUGUAUGACAAAGUCAGAUUUCUCUAACUAUGAAAUAUUAAUAUAUACAUUAAAAUAAAUACAUAUAUAUAUAUUAUAUAUAUGUACAUGUACACAAACAUUUAUGAUUAUUUGGAAAAGAAAAUAGAAAUCUACAAAGUUUCCUAUAACUUAUAGUAUUAUUAUCCAGCAAUGUAAAUUGAAAGGAGAUACACAUUGUUAACAUUGCUAUUGUAUACAUCUUUUAUUUAAUAAUUUAAAAAUAUGUAUUUGGAAACUAUGUAGAUUUUCAAAAUAUACUUCAAAGAUUAUAAGAUUUAUUAGUAAUAUUAAGAUAAAAAAUCAUAUGUAUGUAACUUCAUACCAAGAGCUAUGAUGCAUUGGUCAGCGUAUAUGUCUAAAUUUAGCUGUAACUUUUGUAGUUUUAAGACUACAAGUUCAUAUAAGAUUUUAUUUGUUUAAUAGGUUAUUUAAUUUUUGUAUGAACAACACAUAGAUAUUGCUAAGAAGGAGGAAAGGCUGAUAACCUGAAUUUACAAUAAAAUUAUUAAGAUGCAAGUUAUACUUUGCAAAAAUAAAGCUAUAUAAAUAUA